AUGUCCGACUCCUGCAUUUCCCUUUCGGGGUCAACUGCCUGCCCUGCCUGGAGUAGCUCGUCUAUUACGACCAGCUCCAGCCUGUAUUCAACCUUUCCAUUUCUUAGAAACGUAUCGAACCUCACGGAAUUCGAUAAUUCAUUAGAGGACUAUGUCCGAGGAUCAUAUAUCUCAUCGAAGUAUGAUGACUUGCUGGGAUGUCAAGGGCUCAAUUCUAGCGCCCCCAAUGACUACUAUGCUCAGUAUACAAUCAGUGUCCUGUGCAGUAGUGUCGUACAAAGCUCCAUAUCCGAUUGCAAACUCUCGACAAAUGACUCUCUACCAAUUUGCGUCGACACAUGCGCACUUUGGGCCCGGAGCGAGCAGGAGACUAUGGCAAAUACAGAGUUAUGUCCCAAAACCGACAAGGAUUAUACUGAUCUGAUCUACGCCGAAUUGACCAUCUGUGAAAAACCAUCUGAUGCACUCUCCGGAGAUUGUGUCAGGGGAUCUGCGAAUGAGCCUGACAACUGUGGCUUUGCAUCGAAUACCAUUGGUCUCUGCACUUUUUGUACGAGCAGCACCGAUAGCUGCUGCACGGAAUCCCAUGCUGCGACUCGCUGUGAGGGUGUCUCGGUGCCGACUGUCACUCUGCCGCCUCUCACGCCCUCGCCUUCCGCUACUGCAUCUACUAGCCAUGGUUUGUCCGGUGGCGCAAUUGCUGGGAUCGUCAUUGGCUCCCUUGUAGGAGCUGCCAUUCUAGCUGCCCUCCUCGCGUUCUUUUGCAUCUUCAUGCGUCGACGCCGCCGUGAAACCCAUAACGAGGCUGCACUUAACCAACCAAAUCCGCAAAGAAAGGGUGGAUCGCCAUCGAUGCAGCAGCCCACAAGCCCAACAUCGUAUAACAUGGUCCCAGGAGGCCGAGUUACACGGAUGUCCGCUCUACGUGAAAUGCCUAGUUCUUCGCCCGCCUAUUCUCGUACUUCUGCAGCAAUGUAUGGCAGUGGGCCCAAGUACAGCGACACAUCAGACUCAGAAGGCAUGGGUGCCAGUCCAGGAACCAUGUCCAAGAAGAUUCCCCCUGUGACUGGGAGACGUCACGGCUCACUUUCGAGCAACUCCGUUCUAGCUGGACUGGACAGCGACAGCUCGCCUCUCUCCGCGCCCACGAACCAAUAUUCUUCCCCUGAAAACAUAACCAGUGGUCGAUCAGAGCAGUUGUCGUAUUUCCGCGACUACUACUCCCAGGAUGAGAUUCACGCGGGAGACAAGGUCGCCGUCCUUUGGGCAUAUUCGCCACGGGCAGGUGACGAGUUUGAGCUCGACCGAGGCGAGGUGCUGAAAGUCAUUGGCAUUUGGGAUGAUGGCUGGGCCACGGGUGUGCGACUUCCCGAGCGUGCCGAGGACUUUGGCGUGACCUACCGCGAGCAGCGUGACAGCGGCGUCUCGAAUGGCUCGCGCAUGCUUGGGGCCUCGUCGCCCUUGCCGUCGGGUGAGAUCAAGGCCUUCCCAUUGGUCUGUAUCUGUCUACCGCAGCACUGGCACAAGAUAAUCGACGGCAGCCAGGAAGACGAAGAAGUUUGA